AUGGAGAAUAAAAUGGUCACAACACUUGCAGAACUUCAAAUUUACAACAAGCAGCCACAUGAUCUGUCAAAAGAAGACAUCAUAGGCAAACACCUGGAAAGUCUUGAUAAAUGGGAAGAAUUUUUUUCCAAAUACUCGAAAUGGAUGGGGUUUAGUGUUCGCAAGGAAGAUGUUCGACAUGACCAUGAAAACAACCUGUGGCAACGUAAAUGGGUUUGCUCAAACCAAGCUUCGAAAAGGGAAUUGCACUUCUUGCGAUCUAAUCGAGCCAUACCAGAGUCAAUCGGAGCCCAGGUAAUGUCGAUGCGACGAUCAGGUAUACGCACUUGCCACAUAUUCAAUCACCUAGCACAAGAAAGAGGAGGACGUGAGUAUGUACCCUUCCUGAAAAAGGAUCUUUACAAUUGGAUUGGUCGCCAAAGACUAGUUCAAGACGAAGAAGAAACUGACGCUGAAGGAGCAUUGGGGUACUUGGCAUGUAUGGGCCGCUCUGAUGCUGAAUUUUUUGAGACACACACAAUUGAUGUAGAAAAUAGGUUGGCAGACCUAUUUUGGGCUGAUGGAAUUUCCCGUCGUGAUUAUGCUUGUUUUGGGGACAUUAUGGCUUUCGACUCCACCUACAAGAAGAACUCAUACAAUAAGCCCCUGCUUAUCUUUGUCGGGUUGAAUCACCAUUACAGGACAAUAGUCUUUGCAGUUGCUUUGCUAUAUGACGAGACUGAGGAGACAUAUACUUGGGUUUUAGAGGAAUUUCUAGAGUGCAUGAAAAACAAACCACCUCCUGUGGUGGUCACCGACGUUGAUCAUGCUAUGGCGAAAGCAAUACAAAAAGUUUUCCCAACUUCUGUUCACCGGUUGUGUGCUUGGCAUCUUCAGAAUAAUGUAACUAUUAAUGCGCCUCAUCAUGUAUUCAAGUCCAAGUUCAAUGAACUACUUUAUCAAUACUGA